AUGGAUCGCUCGCGAGUGCCGUUGGAAGACGGUUACGGCAAAGCUCUCGGUUCAGAGAUCUCAAGAGCGACAUCGCCCGGCGGUGCAUGGACCGAGACAAAUGGCAGAAACGGGGAUGCAGACACGCAGCCGCGCCGGAACCGUCCACGAACCUAUCCCUACUUUCAGGCUCUACCAUAUGAGGUUGAGGAUGAGGCGAAGCGCCAACAUGACCUGUCAGAAAUCUUGAAACAUCUGUACAUUGCAGUGCAGGCGGGCGACUUCACACCUGGCGCGGUACAUUGGACAAGAGAGUUGCGCAGCUGGUUGUCGCUCAAGUUCGACCCAAGCAAGGAACAGCGAGUUAAGCUGGUCAAGCUGUACUAUGAGCUCGCUCUUGCUCCCGGCAUCGACCCAAGCGUUGGUGAACGCUUUGCUAGCAUGUUCAUGUUGCUCACGAAGCGCAAGCAUUACCUGCGCCCCCUCAAGGAUCUGACUCUCGACUGGCGACCGUUGUUCAGAGAGAUCAAAAUCUUUGUCAUUCCCGCCGAGUCGGGUCUCAUACAGACUACCAACCUCAAGCGGAACAUCAAGACCUUGACAAAGCUGAGCUCUUUUGCUCAAUUGUAUUUCGACCCGGAAGAUGUUCCAGCCAUGUUGGAAGAAAUCAUGCCGCACUUUACAAUGUCAUUUACCGAGGGUGCCUUCGUCGUAACAGGUCUGCUCAACCUCCUGCUACCAACAGCGCCCCCACCACCGAACCGCAAAGAUCUUCUCCCGCAGGAGCACCUCCCGACGUACUUCCACAUGUGGUCUCUAUUGAAUCGCUCUAAGUCAGCAGAUGUGGCUUUCCUAGACUUGUUCUCCAGGAUGGCUCGAGACUGUCUCCCAAGCCCUGAUGUUCCUUUCUCGGAAUUCGGUAUCUUUUCGCCGGAGCAAGCGACCCUAACCUUCACGGCCGUCUUACGACUGCUCGAAAUCCCUGUCGGACAAUCGACGUCACCGUACAGUGCACUUGUUGAUCUGCUUGCAGGUAUGGGCAUAAUUCUGGAUCGCGACCCGAGAAAGCAUCCAUCUUCGCAUCAUAUCGCCGGGUGGAUAGUGAUGUCGCUAUCACCACAAUGCCUCGAAAAGAAGGACUCUGUCCUGUCCUUGCUUGAGAGCUUGAUCCAGGCCAUUGAGACCUUCUUCCAUCCAUCCAAUGCAGGGUCCUGGACAAAGGCCUUAUCACAGCUCGUAUUCUAUCUGUCAGACUUCUUCGUCAUGAGAUGGAAUCGGGAACACAAUGGUGAGCUAGAAGUUCCCGAGGAUCGAAGACUCAACGAGCCUCUCAAACGCCGCUUCGUUCUCUGUCUACGAGACGUCAUCUUCAUGGGUAUCUAUGCCAAGAGCAACACUGCGAUGAGCUAUUCAUUAUCUACUCUGUCUGCCCUCGCCAAUCUUGAGCCCGACUUGAUCCUCCCAGGCGCCCUGCAGCGGAUUUACCCCUCUAUGCAGGGCCUUGUCGAGGUUCAUCGAACAGUCUCAUCUUUGAGAUCAUUACAGUCCCUUGCCAGGACUAUGAUCAGAACCAAGGGCUACAGAUGCCACAUCACUGCACUUUUGGGUCUUGCCCUACCUGGAAUUGAUGCAAAUGAUUUGGAGAAGACGUUGUACACAUUAUCUUUCCUCUCAAAUAUCUGCUACAACAUUCCAUUCGUUGACCUGUCAGAAGGCCGAGAGGAUGUUCAAGGCAAUAUGCUCGCCAUGCAAUGGAUCACUGGCGAGAUGGAGAAGAUGGAGCAGGAAGGAGCCACCAUUGAGCUGAACUACUCAGCUCUCGAUGAGAGAGAAGAGGAGAUGGUUCUUGCAUCAUCUACAGCCGGAUUUGGUGAAUUUGUAUCCUCGUUCCUCGGUCGGGUAUUUACCCUCUUGGAGAACCUGCCAGAUGCAACACGAGUCAGAAGCGGCUCUCCCGAAGAGAACAUCGUCAAUACUCUGCCUGCCGCGUUCCUACCACUACUGUCCUCGCUCUCACCGGAUUUGUACGACCAAGCUUUGAACAAGAUCGUAGACUUUGUCUCGACGCAUGUCAUCCACCAAUCAAGAGACGCCAUGGCGUUUAUUUGCAACUGCCUAUGCAAAGUCAACCCCGAGAAGGCUCUUGGAAAGCUGAUUCCGGUGUUAGUCAGCGCCAUUCGCACCGAGAUCGAUGAGAAUGGUGCUGGCUCGACUCGAAACGCGGCUUCUGACGUUCUUCCACGCGACCGCGGUCUUGUCUGGAACAUCAGCAUGCUUAGUAUGUGCAUUGUUCAUGUUGGUAGUGCGGUCAUGAACCACAAAAAGGAGCUGUUUGACAUUGCAGUCUACAUGCAGAAGCAUUGCAAGGGAAUGCCCACCGUUCACAUUUCCAAUUACAUUCAUCACCUUCUCCUCAACCUGACUGGAACUUUCACGAUCGACUGCGCCCUGUACGAACCCGAACAGAUCAAGGAUGGCAUUUCCGCCGACCUGUGGGGUAAAGCCGAGCUAGCUCAGUCUAUCAAACCCAAAUGGCAUGUUCCAUCGAAGGAAGAGCUCGACUUCGCCGUGGAGCUGUUCCAGAAUCAGGCCGAGACUGCCAUCACACAGCUACAAGCUCUAGCAAAUGGGACGUCCCCAAUCAAGCGUGAUGGAAGCGGGAAAGAGUGGUCCGAUGAAGUGUCCAGGAACCUGGUGCUCCUUCGACUGCUGCUUGCGGGCGUAUCUGUGCUCUUCGACGCCAAUGGUGUUAAUGAGGGUCUUGUCACGACUGCCAAUGGUAUCGAUGCCGACACUUCUAUGUCGCAAGCUAACGGGCAUGCGCCUGAGGAUGCUGAUCCCGCUGCCGAAGCUGAAGCUGCACUCGACGGCACUGAUGAGACGGAUAUCAAGCCCUCAUUCCAGUACCCGACCGGGUACCGCCUGACGCCCGGGGACGCUAGCUAUAAGCUCAUUCACAAGACGCGUCAAGAGAUUGGCAAGGUCUUGCACGAGGUACACGUAUUUUUGACGCGCGAGAGUGAAGACGAUGUUUCAUCCUUCGCUCCGCUGUAUACGGCAUAUAGAUCAUGGUUCGUGGAUGUUGGUAUAGAACGUUCGGCUCACGUUUUGGACCGCAUAACUCGGCUGCUGCAAGCCGACGAGCAGCCGUACAAGGUCAGUGGCAUCAGAAAGGACUACCCACGUGCAAUCCUGGUACGGCGAGCCAACGUCUAUCAUACCCAACGACUGCGGCACAACGCCGCUCCCAGACCCCGCUCUGAACUAGAUGAGCAGCUCCUGCUGGACCUGGCCCAGUCUUCAGCGUCACUGUACACAGAGGUUCGACGCAAUGCGCAAGCCGCUGGCGAGUCGGCCCUUAAGGUGGUCUUCGGUGCUCGUCUCUUUGUCAUUCCACCACUCCUCGAAUCAUUCAAGAACGCAGUUCAGCGCAACGACUUUGCCCGCAUCAAAGGCGCACUAUUUGCGUUGCUGUUUGGUAGUCUCUCGAAGACUGUUGGACGCCACUGGAAAUACACCCCGGAUGUCAUUCGAACCUUUAUCGAGGCGAGCAGCGCGGACAAGCCUUCAAUUCAGAAGCUGUGCAGUGGCGGCUUGUUCCAAAUCAUGGACUAUGGACGGCCGGUUGACCGCAUGGCUAUCGUCGAGCAGUCGGUCGUGGAAACUAUUGCCCCAUCGGAUGACGUGGGAGACAAGAUUGCGAAAAAGAAGAAAUUCAUCUUAUCGAAGCGUACUAACAUCGAGCGAAAGAAGUCAGAGCUUGCAGAAGAGCUCAUUGAAGUGGCUCGCGCAUCUCACUGGAAAAAGGCUCAACGCAUUUCUACCCUCGUCAUGUCUCUCGGUAUGCGAUUUGACCACGUUGCAUCCGAUAACAUGAUCGAGCUGAUCACACGUGGCACGAUUGACCAACAUCCGAACCUGAGAGGCCUGUACUCACAAGGUAUGGUAGCCUUGUUCACCAUGACCGAUGUCCGAGCCGUUUGCAACCACAACUAUGCAAAUUACAUCCGUGGCAUUCAAGAAUUUCCUGCCAAAGUCAAAGUUCCUACCGCCCCGGCGGACAAAGCUUACACUAACCAAUAUCUUACCCACUUUGCUCAGCCCGAGGCUGAUGUCUACAUUGACCAUGACUACCCUGGCUGGCUAGUGUGGUGUAAGGAAAUGCCAGGCUACAAAUCUAAUAUCCAGAACGACAUCAUCUAUGAUGAGCUGGAAUGGAAGAAACGAACGGUCAUGGGCAAGAUUCUGGAUCGUGCCUGGUUCUCCACUUUCUUCAAGUAUCUCAAGCAAGAGCCUCGAGACUCUUCUACUGACAAGUUCCGGAUGCCAAGCGCGAUGCUGUUGACCUACGCUUUCGAACUCAUCAUCCGCGAUGGUCUUGCGGUUGCCACAUUCGAUGAUAUCAAGGAAGAGACACUAGACGUGUUUGGGGAUGGUAGUGAUAAGCACCAGCACCGAGCAACAGCCGAAAUCCUGGGUGGCCUCAUCACAGCUGUUAUGGACACAUCGAUCGAACGCCGGACAAUGAUCUGGGAAUUUGCUUUCCCCAUCAUUCAGAAGGUCUUCUCAGAGGGCCUCACACCCGAGAACUCGGGGUACUGGACAACCUUUCUCCACAUGAUCCUGCAGAGCCGCGAUCCUCGACGUGCAUGGCCAUUGGUCGAAUGGCUUGCCAACUUUAGGCUGGAUAUGAACUCCAAUGCGGCUUUCAAGGAGAGCUCAAAGAUCCAUUUGUUGCAUCAAGUCGUGAUGGACGCGGGUUGGCACUUUCAGCUUGACAAACCCAUCUCGGCAGAUUUCCUUGCCCACAUUGAUCACCCAUACAAGGGUGUACGAGAAGCUAUGGCUCAAACUCUGGCGACGAUCACUAGAACCAGGUAUCAUGAAUCCUACCAGGACGUCAAAGCUCUAGUCAAAGCUCAAAGGGAGGCGGGCCCGAUUGGUACUCAGCCGUACAUGCCCACAGCUGAGUUUGACAGCAUAAUUCACGAAAUCUUUGCACGCAUCGACAAGUGGCGUCACGAGCGCUCCCCCGGCCAGCAGACUCCAUCCGCAUACACAUCUGGUAGCAAAACCAUCCUUUUGUGGCUGGACGCUAUGCUCUCCUCAUAUGAGUGUACACAGCUGCUGAGUUACUUCCCUGAUGUCUUCACUGAGCAGUUUCUGCACAUGAUGGAUGUCAAGGAAGAUCCCGAGUUACAAUCAUUGGCAUAUCAUGUGUUUAGACAUCUGCCAAAUAUUCCCCACCGCAUUGGCCAGGAUAUGCACCUUAUCGGCUCCCUCAUUCGCAUCGGCAGGACGUCCAAGUCCUGGCAUCAACGUCUGCGAGUCAUGAUCAACAUGCAGAUCAUUUUCUUCAGACGCUUGUUCCUUCUGUCUGAGCUGAGCAAACAGAAGCUCUUCGAUUGCGUGGCCGACAUGCUCGAAGAUCCUCAACACGAAGUCCGCGCCGGAGCAGCCACUACCCUCUCUGGCAUGAUCCGAUGCUCACCGCUGAUUUUGCGAGAGCGCAUAAUCAAGCAGCUUGGGGAUAAAUUCACAAAAAUGUUGGUCGAGAACCCUUUGCCCAAGAAGCCCAAGGGCCAGGCUGCUGCACUCGCUUCGGUGAGAUCAUCAGGGACCAGCACGCCUACCCCUGAGCAUCAACGCCUGGUGAUCACUCGCCACGCGGCUGUACUGGGCCUAGGAUCGUUAAUUCAAGCUUUUCCAUACUCAAGUCCACCACCUCAUUGGAUGCCCGACAUCUUGAUCACUUUGAGUAACAAGGCUGCGGGUGACCCAGGCAUGAUUGGCAAUGCAGUCAAGGCCAUCAUCAGUGAUUUUAAAAAGACACGACAAGAUACGUGGCAUAUUGAUGUCAAGGCAAGUCUAUUCAGCACCAUCUCCCCCAACUCAAGCUAA